AUGGCUACCGAAACAGCCUCUGUUUUUCUGUCCCCCUUCAAAACGUGCUUUCUUCUACUUUUGGGUGGGUUGGUGUCCAAAGCUGCGCAGGACCAGCAGGGAAGUUUGUACAUGUGGAUUGAUGCCAACCAAGCCAGAAUCCUAAUUGGUAAGUAGCGUUUAUUUGCAAUUAACCAAUGUUACAGUGUCACUUGAAUUGGCUUAACGUGCAUAGAAAAGUUGGAUUGUAACUUUAACUUUAAAGGGAUGAGUUCCAUGCACUGUGACCCCUAUUAUAUUGGACUGAGUUAAAAUGUUGUAGCCACCCCAUGCUCUUUCGCAUGUGUUGAUGCUCUUGUUGAAAUGUCAGUGUGUGUUAUUGUGCGGGGUUUGGGGAGGAUAUCUUUGAUCGUGUCAGAGGGAAAGAUUGCCCCAUUUACAACUGACUUAAGGAAAGGUUAGGGGAUCAUGUUGUAAAUGUGUGUGUUAUUGUACAGGGUUUGAGGAGGAUAUCUUGAUCGUGUCCGAGGGGAAAAUGGCUCCAUUCACAACUGACUUCAGAAAGGCCCAGCAGAGGAUGCCUGCGAUACCAGUGAAUAUCCAGAACGUCAACUUCACCUGGCAAGCUACUGAACAGGUAGGAGACGGUGACAGGAUCACAUUAGCCUAUAGGCCUACUUACAUUUGA